AUGUAGAUGCGCAUGCUUACUUCCUAUCAAAUGGUGCGCUUGCCAGCUCAAUAUCAAAUCUAGGGCUCGAGUUAACUUAAUUGAGGAAACCGAACCAAGCAAGUCAAGUUGAAGAGGUUGCUUUCAAGAGUUGUCGUUGGUGAGACGCUCUUCAUCAGCAGAUUGGCGAUGUAGCUGGCGAUGGUGUUCCGGCGCGCACACUGCGCAGCUUCGCCAUCCAGUUGCUUGUGCGGGACUUGCGUACCCUCGGUGCCGUCGACGGCCUUCUUGCCGAGGGGGUGCAGGCCUGGUUCACCACUCCUGCGCUGCGGGCACUGGCAGUGCGCGUUGUGCAAGUCGCCACUCCUGGCCGGCCGCGCGGCACGUGCUAGCAGAGCAGCAGUGUUGUUGGCCAAUGCUGGCCCCUCUGGUUGUACAUCGUGUGCGCCGGCGGCCUCUUCAGCGGAAGCGCUGGCAGCUGGCCUGGACAGGCGCGACCCGCAGCGGGCAGAGGCUGAGUUCAAUGGCGUGGCUGCGGAGCAGGGCGUGCCGGGUCUGGGAUCGUCCCUGCGGCCGGUCGCGGCCAUCCAGGCGGUGGCAACAGCGCAGGCGUCCGGCAAGAACCCAUUGCAGGCUUUGCACGCGAGGGCGGCAUGCCUCAAACUUGAGAGUCGCUAGCAUUCUCUGCGAACGACGGCGAGCGGGCUCAGAGGAUGGCACCAGUUCGCAGCUGCGGUCUUGCAUUAUCCCGGAUCCAGCGCGUUGCCGCCGAAAUCGCCCACAGACAUGGAGGCUUUCGUAUCAGUUUUCCGGAAGUUUGGCACUGCUUCGAAUUACGUAUCUUCUGUCAAAUUGGCCUGCUUGCAGUUAAGACUUGACACUUCGUGGUUCGAUGACGCAAUUUUGCAAAUGCUCAGAGGUGGCAGGAAACGGGAGCUGCGAGUAAUUGGUGGCACGAUCAAGAUCCAGAGGCCCUUCAAAACGAAGUUGGUCACGCAGCUCGUGGCCCUGGCUGACCGCUCGGGCCAAUUUGGCUUCGCAACAGUCCUCUAUUCCAGUUGGGAGAUUCUGGCCAGGGUGUCCAGCGAAGCUGUGCCGGCCGAGCGGGGCGACGCGAGGGAAGCCAUGGUCUUGCCAGCCGGGAGGCACAGUGCCGUCUACAUCGAUUGUCAUGGUGCUUUGUGCGUGCGGUGGAGCAGACGCAAGCAUCGACCUCGUGGCUCGUUCUUGCGUCGGCCGUCCCGGUGCGCGCAGGUUGGCCCUCAGUUCUGCGCUGCGCAUCGGUUGGGCACGUGGUUGGAGCAGUUUCAAGUUGGACAGACGCUGUGGUCAUUCUCAACUUCCAGCGCCCUUGGGGUGUUGCGAAGGCUGCUGUGUCUCUUCGGCGUCCACGACGCGAAGCUGUAUACGUGGAAGUGUGUCCAGGGAGGCCGCGCCGCGGACAUGUCAGCCCGGGGGUGCACCCUAGGCAGUAUCUUGUCCGCUGGCGAGUGGCGCUCUGUGGCAGUACUCCGCUACAUCAGCGAGCAGAAGGUGGGCGUGGCGGAGGCUCUGAGGCAGGCCGUGGACGCGAGCGACACCGAGACGGAGUCGUGAGGCGCGACUCGUGGUCUCGGGCUCCGCAGAGCAUGC